AGGGAGGUAAUCCAUGUGCCGUUUAUGGCCAAGUUUGUAGUCUUCGCCAAGAAAGUGGAACCUUACGAAGCCCGCCUGCGAGUUUUCUGCAUGACCGACGAUCGCGAAGAUAAGACACUCGAAAAGCAGGAAAGGUUUACAGAGGUUGCCAAGAGUCGUGACGUUGAAGUACUCGAAGGCAAACCACAAUUUAUUGAAAUGGCUGGUAAUUUAGUGCCAGUCACCAAAUCUGGAGAUCAACUGCAAUUACAAUUUAAAGCAUUCCGUGAAAAUCGUCUACCAUUUACGGUACGUGUCAAGGACCAACACGCCGACAUUGUGGGACGUACAUUGUUUAUGAAGGAGCCAAAAGUUGCAAAGGGCGAGCCACCGCAACAUCCCAUCUGUAUUUUGAAUAUUGUAUUACCCGAAAUUGUCAUACCGGAUACAACUACCGAGUUCAGCGAUAAGAUCACCACAACCUAUCGAAGCUCGCUGUUUAGUUUGAGCAAACAUCAGAACGAUCAUUACAUCGGCGAUAUACGUAUUGUGGAUUUGUCCAAUUUACUAGGCAAGGAUUGGAUACAAUUAGCCUCUGAAAUCGGUAUUAGUACGGAAGAGAUUGAUGAGAUCAUAAAUCAAAAUACUGAUAGUAUUGCGCGGCAGGCCCAAAGCAUGAUACGACUUUUCAAGGAUAAACCAAAUUACGAUAUACACGCCUUAGAAGUAGCGCUCAAAAAUAUUGGACGUGAUGAUAUUAUGAAAAAGUGCAAAAGUGGGCGGCUUUCACACUCUCGCGACUUUGACGAAACCGACAUUAUGAAGAAUUCGGAAUCGGUGGAGGAACUCGUGCGACAAGAGAGUAAACGAAUUCAACAGAUCCAUGACCAUGAGGAAGUCAAAUACUCGGCGGAGGAAAAGGAAGUGGAAGAAUCUGAAUCAGAUGAAGAAAUCACGAAGCGCACUGUAGCCGAACGACGAGAGAAGAUCGUUAAAAGACUCUCCAUCGAACGGCAAAUUCCAGCUUCAUCGCAGAAAAAGGAAAUUACACGCGAAAUUUCCGAAAUAAAACGUAAGAGCCUAAUCGAGGACAAAAAGGCUAUUCAUGAGUCGGAAAUUAAUAUGCAAUUACCGACAGAUAACAUUGUUAAGUCCACUGUUGCUCCCGAUCAAGUUAUGAAAAUGAAAAUGGGUAAAAUGGAUACAGGGGAAAUAAGCAAAAGUGAUUUUGAUAAGGAACUGACGCACAAAUUAAAAACUUCUGGACGUAGCUCAGAAGAGGAAGAUUCCACAACGGAAUAUAAGCAAAUUCAGGAUGAUGAGAACUUAAAAAUCGUACAAGAUAUUAGCGCUGUAGAGAAACCAAAGCACCUGCAAGAGUCGCCGAUUACUUCGGAACAAGAAAAGGCAAAGCAAAUGACUGAAGAUUUUUUAAAUGUAGAAAAGCAAACGCAACUUCCAGCAGAUAUUACCAUCAGCGAGAAAUUUGUUGAAGAAGUAAAGGAAAAAGAAAUGAAAGGUGCGGAAACGGUAGAGAAAUCGAGUCAGAAAAUUGAGAAAAUUAUAACUGCUUUUGAGGGUGGAAAAUAUGAGGAUGAACUGCAAAAGCUGCCGCCCAAAGAGAGUAAAACGUCCAUAGUGAACCAGGAGAAGGGUAGCACAAUUGAGGACAAAAUUGCCGACUUCGAAGCUAGAGGUGUUACCUAUGACAUGAUAUCAGUGCUACCAAAAGAUAUAAAGAAACUCGGUGAGAUGCCAACAGACGAUGUGUAUCAGGCAGGCGAAGAGCCUACUAAGUCGUUUGAGAAAUCCAUCACCGAAGACUUUCUUAGCAUGGAGCAAAAAUCUCAAUUGCCUAUCGCAACUGAAAUAACUAAAAAAACUAUUAGUGUCGAUGAACCACUUCAGGAAACCACACGUCCAGUCGCUGAGAAAAGAACGUCUCUGGCCGAAAGGGUGCCAGAGCCAAAAGCGCGACUAUCUACAGAAGUGCAGGCGGAGCCCGAAAGUGCCGAGGGAAAGAAGACUCUCGCAGAGCCAAUACCUAAAGUCACAGAAAUCACAAAGGAAUUCGAAAAAGGUGGCGAAACCGUAACCACCGUAACUACCGAAACAAAGAAGCUGACGCAUGAGUUCUUGAGCAUGGAACAAAAGGCGCAGACGGAGGCGAAGAAAACAGUGAGUGAACUUGCAACAAGCACUGCGGAGGUAAGGGAAACGGCUGAAGAACUUUUUGAAACUACAACCGAAUUGGAGGUGUCAGCGAAAGACGUCGAAAUGGCAAAAAUGCAAAUGAAAGAAGUUACUAAAGAUUUGGCUGCAGACCUUAUAGAAUCUAAAAAAGGACUAGAAGUAGAUUCGAAGACUGAGUUGCGGACAGGAGUUUUAGAAAGCGCACGCGAGUUUGAGAGCGCCACAAAGACUGAAGUAUUGAAGACCAUAAAAGAUUUGAAACAAACCGAGGAUAACGUAGAAAGUAAAAUAGUAGCUGACGUGUCUGAGACCACGAAAGACUUAAAAGAAGCUGCUAAGACUAUAGGGGUUGCGAAGAUAACGGCAACUGAAACUUUGAAGGAGACGACAGAGGUAACCAAGCAGGAAAUAGACACACAAAUUGAAAAAACUAAGAAAGUGUUAAGCAGUGUUGUGGAUGUGACAAAAGAAACAGCAGGUCUAUCUAAAACCGCGGCCGAUGAAGUGAAAAUCGAUAAGACGGCUAAAGAAGAAAAAACUACAAUUGAGACGAUUUUUUCAACUCAGCAAGCACAAAAGUCAAGCGAAACGCUGCCUGCUGUUGAAACGAAAAAGCUAACAGCAGACUUCCUGACAAUGGAACAACAAAUGCAGUUGCCGACCUCCAAAGAACCAGCAGAAGAAGAUCACAAACAUGAACUCUUAAANUACGCGAGCGACAUUCCAGAUUCACAGACCCCACCACCGACGCCAAUCGAAAUCAGAACUGAUAGGCAAGACACAGUAGAAACAUCGCCACGCAAAACUUCCGAUGAGAAAACAUCCGUAUAUUUCGUAUCGUUACUUUACUCGUUACUUUUGAUACAAGCACUUUUACCUCACACGAAUUAUCGCAACGAAAUUCCUAGCGUCAGAAAGUGUUCGUUCCUACAUAUGCGUGCAUGCCAUCUAACUGAUACUGUGAUUACUUUACAUAAGACCACAGAAUCGACAUUCGAACGUGUUUCGGGAAUUUCGAAAAUCGAGCACUUCAGCAUUCAAAAUGUUAAUUCGAGUAGCUUUGCCAAGAUUACUGAAGCUGAAAAGUUGCCCGAAACGAAGAAUAAAUCAGACGAAGAAGCAGCGUAUCUUAGAGACACUACCUCAUUUCCAGAAAUGAGUGGUGGUAGUCAAAUUAAGACAACUAUUACAACAGCUGUAACGAGAACAGACAUGGCACACAAGCACGAUACUGCAUGGGAUAAGCCGGCCAAAAGAGUUGAACCUAUGCCAGAUGAAAAACAUGAAAAAUUAGAAACGGCAACUGAAGUGACUAAAGUAUCCAGAUUUGAUGACAAAUCGAAUUUGGAUCAGCUAAAGGGUCGUGUUGAUGUUAAGCGUAAAAUUCUAGAGCUGGAAACUAGUAAAUAUAGCGAGCCAGCAGCAGCUAUAGACAGGCAAAAGUCUCUUACUGAUAUGGCAGAAAAAUUGCCAGCUGUUAGGGAGGUGGUGAAGGACUUCGAAGGCAAGAUGCAUGACUAUAAUGUGGAAACAGUGCCAUUCAAAGUGAGACCACGCGCGUCCUCAGCGGCUAAAGUGGAUGAAAAUACCCUAGAGAAGCAAAUUUUAACAGAAGCUGAUCUAGCGCUGGAGCAGCUUGUGUCGCAUGAGCCACCGGCUGAAGAAGUAAAAUUGUCGCCAAUUCAGGCUAUCGAGGCUAGAUUGAGUGAUGACGAUGUGCCGAAAGAGGAAGUGUGUGAAAAGGUGUGCUUGAAGCGCAAAAUGUUUGAAGUGGCUAGGGAUGAAGUUAAUAAUUUGAUGCAGGAGCAAGAUCUUGACACAAUCCCAAUUACAGCGAAGGUAAAAGAUAUAGCGCAAGUACUUGAUAGUGUCGAAGGAGGUUCUGAUAGAGUUAGGGCAGAGGAGAUGAUUAUUGACGCAAGUGAUUUCAGGGAAACUAGUGAGUUACCGGCUGCUGAAAGUGCGAUUGCCGAAAGUUUACCAAAUGUUAAGGAUGUUGUUAAAACAUUUGAGCAGCGUGCAGCAUUGUCUUCGACCGAAAGCCCGCCGUUCCCAGUAAGGAAACACGUUGUACGCGAAAUGACAGCAGCAGAUAUUACGAAAUUAGAUAGUUAUGUUCUUAGUGAAACUGAUGAGUUCUUACAAAGCGUAGAUGGCUCCGAGCCACCAGCGUAUGAGGGAAAAUUUACACGAGUCGAGGCAGAUAUAAUCAAAGAGAAAAGCAAAUUUAAUUUCGUAGAUGAGGCUGCAAGUGAAACUGUAAGCAAAUCUGUUGAAAAUAUUGAAGAAUAUAUCCAAAAAGAUGCUAAACAUUUCCCAUUAAAAGAGCAGAUAAUAGACAAUAAGGGUCAAUUAGAUACUAAGGUCCCAGUUCAAUUUAAGAUAGAUGAAAGUCUUCAGUAUUUAGAACAAAAAGGCACUACAACAAUAUGUGAUAGAAAAGAAAUUCCAAGUGAAGAAAAAAUUGUGAUAGACAAUUUAAGCUUCCCAAUGAUAGACAGAGAAAGGAUUGGCUCAGCUGUACAGCAGAGUACAAAUACUAGUGUGAAUGUGUUUAGCGAGUUUAGGGAUAAAAUGCAUGAAACUGAAAAUUACGAACGCAAAUUGGAAAUAUGUAUAGAAAAGGAGAAGCACAAAACUGAAAGUUCAGAAAGAACUUUGCACACAAAAACUUCCGAUACACUCACAAAAACUUUUCCAAUAACUACUACUAAAACAACUAGUGAACAAACGGAAAUUAAGAAUGAAGCUGACGGGACGUCUUCUAAAGAAAACAAGGAUUUUGUAAUGCAGCAGGAAGAAAAUCGUAUUUACACCGACAAAAUAGAACUAAAAAGCGCAGAUUCAACAAAUGAAACUGGACAGUCCAUAUACGCAAAACAUUCCGAGUUCAGCGUACCACUCGUGCCUUUACAAAAAUCGACCACAACUGAUCAGAGCAAAACAGAAAAAGUGUACCCAAUAGACAGUUUUAACGUUCCCCUAACUCCACUACAAAAAGACUGCAUAAAAGCAUUAAAAGAAUCUUCAGAAAAGUCCAUAGAAGAACAAUAUAUUUAUACCCAAUACAAAACAGAAAUCUCAAGUUCUAAAGUAACAGCACUGAAAGUCACCGAGAACAAACAUAUUUCCGAAGUUGCAACUGAAGAAACAAUCACUCAGAGAAUUUCGCAACUAGACGAAACCCCCAAACUUCCACUUCACGUAACCACCGUUGAGAGAAACACUGAUUUCAAACCAGGUCUGCCCUUAGUUCCAUUGGCUGCCAAACCAGAUGAAAAAGGUGCUAAGGCUGUAGAACCGAUUUCGAAACCAGACGACAAACCCAAAUCUCCACUUGACGUAACGAAGACUAUUGCACAAACGUACUCUUCUGAUGAAUCUCACGAAGAAUUCGACAAACCUAAAAUGGCUGAUGUCAAACCAGGUGUGCCCCUGGUUCCAUUGGCUGCCAAACCAGAAGACAAAGGUGCUAAGGCUGUAGAACCGAUUUCCAAACCAGACGACAAACGCAAAUCUCCACUUGACGUAACGAAGCCUAUUACACAAACGUACUCUUCUGGUGAAUCUGAUGAAGAGUUCGACAAACCUAAAAUGGCUGAUGUCAAACCAGGUGUACCCUUGGUUCCAUUGGCUGCCAAACCAGAAGACAAAGGUGUUAAGCUUAUAGAACCGAUUUCAAGACCAGACGACAAACCCAAAUCACCACUUGACGUAACGAAGCCUAUUCCACAACCGUACUCUUCUGAUGAAUCUGAUGAAGAGUUCGACAAAUCUAAAAUGGCUGAUGUCGAACCAGGUGUACCCUUGGUUCCAUUGGCUGCCAAACCAGAAGACAAAGGUGUUAAGCUUAUAGAACCGAUUUCAAGACCAGACGACAAACCCAAAUCACCACUUGACGUAACGAAGCCUAUUCCACAACCGUACUCUUCUGAUGAAUCUGAUGAAGAGUUCGACAAACCUAAAAUGGCUGAUGUCAAACCAGGUGUACCCUUGGUUCCAUUGGCCGCCAAACCAGAAGACAAAAGUUUUAAGCCUAUAACACCAAUUUCAAAACCAGACGACAAACACAUAUCUCCACUUGACGUAACGAAGCCUAUUCCACAACCGUACUCUUCUGAUGAAUCUGAUGAAGAGUUCGACAAACCUAAAAUGGCUGAUGUCAAACCAGGUGUACCCUUGGUUCCAUUGGCCGCCAAACCAGAAGACAAAAGUUUUAAGCCUAUAACACCAAUUUCAAAACCAGACGACAAACACAUAUCUCCACUUGACGUAACGAAGCCUAUUCCACAACCGUACUCUUCUGAUGAAUCUGAUGAAGAGUUCGACAAACCUAAAAUGGCUGAUGUCAAACCAGGUGUACCCUUGGUUCCAUUGGCCGCCAAACCAGAAGACAAAAGUGCUAAGGCUGUAGAACCGAUUUCGAAACCAGACGACAAACCCAAAUCUCCACUUGACGUAACGAAGCCUAUUCCACAAACGUACUUUUCUGAUGAAUCUGACGAAGAAUUCGACCAACCUAAAAUAUUUGAUGUCAAACCAGGUGUGCCCUUGGUCCCAUUGGCUGCCAAACCAGAAGAAAAAGGUGCUAAGGCUGUAGAACCGAUUUCAAAACCAGACGACAAACCAAAAUCUCCGCUUGAUGUAACGAAGCCUAUUCCACAAACGUACUCUUCUGAUGAAUCUGACGAAGAAUUCGACCAACCUAAAAUAGUUGAUGUCAAACCAGGUGUACCCUUGGUUCCAUUGGCUGCCAAACCAGAAGACAAAGGUGUUAAGCCUAUAGAACCAAUUUCAAAACCAGACGACAAACCAAAAUCUCCACUUGACGUAACGAAGCCUAUUCCACAAACGUACUCUUCUGAUGAAUCUGAUGAAGAGUUCGACAAACCUAAAAUGGCUGAUGUCAAACCAGGUGUACCCUUGGUUCCAUUUGCUGCCAAACCAGAAGACAAAGGUGUUAAGCCUAUAGAACCAAUUUCAAAACCAGACGACAAACCAAAAUCUCCACUUGACGUAACGAAGCCUAUUCCACAAACGUACUCUUCUGAUGAA